AUGAUCGCCGAUUACCAGAUGGGUAACAUCCUCUGGGAGAUCUACCGCUUACUCGUUGAGGCUGGCGGCGCCAAGAAGUCUAGCAAACACAAGUACGAAACAAAACCACGCAAGGAAGAGCGAGAAAACUCGCUUACAGUCAACAACGACAUUCUGCAGAAAGAAAUCCAACACCAGAUCUCGAGCAUCAGAAUCAACUAUUACGUCGACUUUCCCAAGGAGAACGUCGUUCUUGACGAGUUGAUUCACAUACGACAGUUGUUGGAAUCUCCCCGCGGCACGCUCAACUCCGUUGACUCCAGAAAUGAAAAGCACGAUGAAGACGAUCGAGCAAUUUAUGAAGUCAAUCGAUCAAAAGCUCGGGCUCGAAAACGCCUGCAAGAACUGAAAGACGUCAAAGAUAGAUCCUUCGGAAGAACGCGCACGCUACUCGUUUGGGACCCAACCCUCAGAUGCUGCCUUUGCUCCGCCACCGGCGAACACGACAGCGACCACUGCUACAGAUACCGCACAGUCGCAGAAAAAAGCAUCGCAGAUGCCGCACAGCAUGCCUCAGACUGUGCCCAGAGCCACUGCAAGUUGAAACUCGCUGCACUUACUGCGAAAGCUCUACACACCACUCUUCUCUGGGUCAGUGUGCUAAAUCGCACUGCCGCCACCGAGUAUGAAGUAUGA